AUGUUCCAGCUUCUCAGUACUGUAUGGGCACGUCUGCGUCCAGCUUUGCUUGUAUCUCUUCUCGUCGCAUGGUCGAGUAUUCUCUGCAGCAAAACCUCUCCGUCCGUCUUCGAGGGCACGUCUGCAGUGGUCGCUGCUAACCCACCCCGCCAAUCCAACGGAUUCACUGAUGUUGUGCAAUGGGAUAACUAUACUUUAUUCUUGCACGAUCAACGCCUGUUCAUCCAUGCCGGGGAGUUUCAUACCUUCAGACUGCCGGUUCCCGAACUCUGGCUGGAUAUUUUCCAGAAGAUGGUAGCUGCGGGUUUCAAUGGUGUCAGCAUAUACAUUCACAUGGGAGUGAUAAAUCCCUCACCCGGCAUCCUGGAUUUCAACGAUUGGAGGUCACUGCAAGCAAUAUAUGAAGCUGCUAAAGUCGCAGGUAUAUUCGUCAUCCUGCGUCCGGGACCCUACAUUAACGGCGAGACGACGUCAGGAGGCAUCGCCCACUGGAUCACAAGUCAGGUCGCGGGUACUGUGAGGACGAACGCCACAGACUGGACGGCAGCUUACCAGCCCUACAUCUCGGGCAUCAUCAACGAGAGCGUGCGUUAUCAAGUGACAGAGGGAGGGCCCUUGUUAGCGGUGCAGAUUGAUAACGAGAACCGCAAUUCGCCGGAUCCUUCCACUCAAGAGUACUUUGCACAACUCGAGAACCAAUACAGGGAGGGUGGCAUCGUUGUCCCGCUCACGUACAACGAUCCUGGCAUGCGCUCGGGGUUCAUCAACGGUACAGGUCAUGUCGAUAUCUAUGGGCUGGAUGCAUACCCUCAAGGCUUCAAUUGCUCGACGCCUCGCACUUGGAGCCACGUCACGACCAACUACCAUCAGUAUCACAAGGCAAACAACCCCAGCGAGCCUUGGUAUAUGCCCGAAUUCCAAGGCGGAUCUUUCGAUCCGUGGGGCGGACCGGGAUACGAUGCGUGCGAGCUGCUGACGGGACCAGACUUUCAGGACGUCUUCUACAAGCAUAAUUGGGCCGCUAACGUGAAGAUGAUCAGUUACUAUAUGCUCUAUGGAGGGACGAGUUGGGGCGGGAUUCCUUUCCCUGGGGUGUACACGAGCUACGACUACGGCUCCUCGAUCCGUGAGAAUCGUGCGCUUACUGACAAGUUCGACGAGGUCAAACGCCAAGGGAUGUUCAUCCGCUCCUCGCCGCAAUUCCUGAAGACGGACUGGAUAGGUAACUCUAGUUUGGGCAUCCCCGGAGUGACGUUGAACGGGAGUGCUGCAUUCGUCACAUCGUUGAGGAAUCCGGACAGCAACACUUGGUUCCAUGUGACGCGGCAGGCGGACUCUACCUCGACAGCGAACAUUUCGUUCGCGCUCACAGUGCCCACUUCUCAGGGUAUGCUAACACUACCGCGGACGACUGACAGCAUCGCGCUCAAUGGUCGACAAAGCAAGCUCAUAAUCACCGACUACUCCUUCGGUGUCCACGGAUCCCUCCUGUAUUCAACCGCGUCUGUCUUCUUCGCAGGUACGAUCGGCUCACGCGACGUCUUGUUCCUCUACGGCUUCGCCGACCAGUCUCACGAGUUCGCUCUCAACAUGACUGGGAAUGGCGUGCGGACGAGCUCUUCACGCGUGCAAUUCGGCACAUCGGAUACUAUCAACGACCUUACCACUGUUGCUAUUGUCCCUGGAUCUGCCGGACUGCUCACGAUCUGGGACUCGGACAAGCAGCUCAUCUUGUUCUCCGAACCUGUCACCGCCGCGUCGUUCUGGGCGCCAGCAAUUCGGGCCGAGACCUCCAGCACUGUUGCAGGUCUGGAGAGCUACUGGUGGUUCGGAACAAACACGACCGUGCUUGUCGGCGGGCCGUACCUUGUACGCAAUGCUACCCUCUCGCGCGAUCGCAACACGCUCGCUCUCCGGGGCGACCUGAACGUGUCUGUGCCUCUUAUCGUCAUCGCACCGCCCUCCGUGCGCGCGGUAUCAUGGAAUGGGAACCCCGUAGCAAUGCGCAGCGAUGGGAGGGGUGUUCUGACUGGUAAUCUACAGCUGAAUGCGGACAUCGAGAAUGCGAAGGUGCCGAGGCUGAAGGGGUGGAGGUAUAAGGACAGCUUGCCUGAAAUUCAGCCAGGAUUCGACGACUCGGAUUGGGUCGUUGCGAACCAUACGACCACGAAUAUCUUUCAGAAGCCAUUGUUUGGGGAUGGAAGGGUACUCUAUGGUAUUUAUGCUAGCUGUGAGAACACCGUAUUGUGGCGCGGACACUUCAAUGGGACCGGGUCUGAGACGUCCGUCAACCUCACUAUCUACGGCGGUACUUUCUUCGCCUCAUCCGUGUGGAUCAACGACAAGUUCAUUGGCACAGUCACCAGCAGUGCUGAUCAUGUCAACGGCCUGUUUCCAUUCCCGGAGGGAGCUGUGAUCACUGGAUUGAAUAAUGUGAUCACGGUUAUACAGGAGAACAUGGGCAACGACGAGCAGGCGAACAUCAAGCCGGCUCGUGGCAUCGCCGGGUUCCAGCUUGAUAGCGGGAACUUCACCACGUGGAAAGUCCAAGGAAAGAUUGGAGGGUACACCAACUAUCCCGACAAGGUGCGUGGAGUGUUGAACGAAGGAGGUCUCUUCGGCGAACGACAUGGUUGGCAUCUUCCCGGUUUCGACACUUCUGACUGGACACUGCGCGAUCUGUCCGAAGGGCUACCUGGAAGUAGUGCCGGCGUUGGAUUCUUUGUGACGACGUUCGACCUCGCGUUCCCCGAGGAUACGGACCCAUUCGUCAGCUUCCAGUUUGAGAUGAAGAACACACAGCCAUACAGGGCGCUCUUGUUCGUGAAUGGGUGGAUGUUCGGCAAGCGUGUGGCGAACUUGGGCCCGCAAACAAAGUUCCCUGUCCCUCCAGGAAUUUUGGAUUGUAACGGGAAGAACACGGUGGCGAUAGUCCUCUGGGCUCUCGAGGAUACUUCGGUAUUCCCGACUCUGGACCUCAUUGUUGACGACGUGUUGCAUGGUGGUGUGGGUCCUAUUCCACUGCACAGUCCUGCUUGGAAGCUCCGCGAAUGA